AUGCUGCAACCUGUCGUGUCGAGUAAUACUUAUGAAUGGUUGAAAUAUCAGGAUGAACCGCAUUACGAUGCAAGGACAGAGUACUCAUUGAAUACCAUAGACUCGAUAGGCAGAUGGAGCACGCGAUUUUGGAACGAUGCUUUAAGUCAGGUGUCUCAUCUGGAUCCGGAUAAGGCUCGUCAGUCACAAAUUAAGAUUGAGUAUUCGGUUUUCCAACCGUCGAUUAAAUCAGGACCCGUACCCAAGAGUACUGAUAGUAGGAACGAAUUCGAUGCCGUGGUGGAAGAUUGCGUGCACGCAAUAGAGUUUGCUCAUUUCGAUUUGCAACGGAUAGAGGCUGGUUCCUCUGGUUCGUAUUUCGUAUUUGGUACCGAUGCUAACUUGAUCAAAGGUGUGUUUAAGCCAAAGGAUGAGGAACCUUACGGUCCGUUUUCUCCGAAAUGGACGAAAUGGUUACACAGAACUUUCUUUCCCUGUUUCUUUGGAAGGUCAUGUUUGAUUCCAAACUUGGGUUAUGUUUGUGAAGCUGCGGCUAGUUUGUUAGAUCGAAAGUUACAAGUUGGACUUGUACCUCAUACGGAGAUUAUCUCGCUUAGUUCGACGAGUUUUUACGAUUAUAGAAAGAAUUGGUUUUGCGGGUUCAGACCAAGAGUACAGACGAAGUUGGGAUCGUUCCAGCUUUUCGUGCAUGGGUUCAUUUCUGCAGAUUCAUUCUUGAACAAGUACCCCUUGCCCACGAUGUACAGAGACCAUGUGAUCGAUCGCAGCGGUCAAGAGUUUCAUUGGAACCCGAAUACGCUGAAACAGUUUAGAUUGCAAUUGGAACGGCUCAUCAUUUUGGAUUACAUUAUGCGGAACACCGAUCGCGGGUUAGAUAACUGGAUGGUGAAAAUUACUAGAGAGUCAGAUGACACCGAAUGGCAGGUCAAACUUGCUGCAAUCGAUAACGGGUUGGCAUUCCCCUGGAAACAUCCUGAUGAAUGGAGGUCUUUCCCCUACGGCUGGUUAUUCUUGCCUGUCUCGAUUUUAAACAUGCCCUUUUCCAACGAAACUAGAGAGCAUUUCCUACCAAGGUUGUUGAAUACCAAUUGGUGGGAGGAAUCGUUCCAUGAGUUCACUCAUCUUUUCGAAACCGAUUCCGAGUUUAAAUCCAGUUUGUGGAGGAAACAAUGGAGUGUAUUAAAAGGUCAGGCAUUCAAUGUUGUGGAAACAUUGAAGGAUCCCAGAUGCGGACCACUAGAACUCGUGAAACGAACACCUUCUCUUGUGAUUGAUGGUUUCGUUGAGUACACUUUCUACCCUAUCCAGGAAACGUCGUUAACUUUAUCAUUGACUGAAUCUUUACCAAAGAGCUCCUCACCAAUGAUUGUUGGUAGCAUUCCUGAUAGAUUUGAAGACACUCUGCACCACCAUCCACACCCCAACUACUCUGAGAAUCAGAACCAGAACGAGAACCAGAAUCACGAGCACCCAGAAAGGAAGACCGUCAUUAUAGAAAGAUUAGAAAUAUGUAAUUCCAAACCACCGUUGUUCACAUGGUGGUGA